UUUUCUGGGGUUUCGAGUUUUGUCUUGCGUUUUCACGCGCAAUCUGUCUGGGUACUUACAAAGUAUGUAGGAAAGCGUCCAAGAUCCGUGAUCGAACCAGGUGAAGAUGCAAUCCGGAUUUGCCCAAGCAUGGGCAAUCGAAGUGGAAUAACUGUGGUUACUCAACUGUCUGGGAUCAAAAGUGUGUUAGCUGACAGGUUCCGGGAAGAUACUUUCCUGAAUGCCAAUGUUUUCGUCAGUUGUUAAAAGUCCGAAUUAAUUAGUCCGUCUCGCCCGUCGUAGACCGUAUUGCGUGUAUGUAGUGGAAAAACAUCACCAAUCGAUGUUCCAGUUGCCGACCACAAUCAUUCGGAACCCAUCCGUUCCGGUUCCGUUCUCGAUUCGGAGCACAUCCUGAUUUAGUGUAUCGGGAUUCGAAUGAAUGCGCGACACCGACUGCAAUCAGUGAACCAUAAUUGGGUCGGAACGUUCGAAAUUCCCAAUUGUGCCAGUUCAGUAGUGAGUGAAGAGAAACAGUGAAAAAGAGGCACGAGGACGCGACUCGGACGGAACAAACUCCCGGAAUAAGUGAAAUCCAACCAUGCAAUGAAUUUAACACCGCCACCGCACGCCAAAAGCCACUUCCAAAAUCAACAGCAACGAAUUUGCAUGUGGUGGACCAUUCGAUCGAAGAAGAAUGCUUUUGCGCCGGAAAAAUAUGUCAAAGUUAAACACAAAUAAGUGGGGACCCCGGGGAUUAAUUAGCGUUGGCGUUGGCGUUCGAGUGACGCAUUGCUGGGUCCCACAGCUGAUGAUCAUCUCCUGCUGCAGCAUUUGCUACGUCCUCCUGAUGGUGGGAGUUCCGGUGGUCCAUUCGGCUCCUUCGGUUGCGGCUAAAUCCUGGCCGGUGAUGAAAAACUAUGACAUCUGGGGAACGUCCUCUGAUGCUGCCGGCCAAUCUCCCACGGAUGUUGAUACAGUCGAAUCAUCAAGGAGCCAUUCAUCGGGGCCACUGGAUGCCAAUUUGCAAAAUGGCACCGAAUUGGUCGGCGGAUGGCUGCGAAGUGGUGGCCGGACCUUUGGGCUGGACCAUUUCGGCAGUCAUCGGGCCAAGAAUGAGCUGUUCCAGGUGGAGGAAGCAGCCGAUGGACAGUACUUGUUCGAUGAUGAAGGUGAUGGUGCCAGAAGACGAAAACGGCCCCCUGGUGGACGAGGACGUGGGCGAAGCGCCAAAGUUUUAAACUUUCUCCCGGUUCCGGUCGAUGAUGAGUGCCUCUCGGAUGAUGGCCUCCGGACUGGCCAGUGCAUGAACGUGUACGAGUGCCGCAUUCAGGGUGGGUCAGCACGUGGCCAGUGUGCCCUCGGAUUUGGCGUCUGCUGUAUUUUUACGGCCACCUGUGACCAAGAGAUGGCAAACAACAUCACCUACUUCGUGUCCCCCGGUUUUCCGGCUCUGCUGCCUAAGGAUAUGAGCUCCUGUAAGCUGAAAAUCAAGCUGAUGAACACCGAGAUUAGCCAGCUGAAAUUCGAUUUCAUCCACUUUGCAUUGGGUCAGCCGAAUCGCCGGACCGGAAUCUGCGAUGGCGAUGUGUUCAAGCUAAUUGGCGGGGUGUUGCCGUUUGACCUGUGCGGGUUGAACAGUGGCCAGCAUCUGUACUAUGACCUGACGCCCCAAGCUCGCGCUAACGAGGAUAUCGAAAUGGAGAUGGUUUUUUCGCCGCGGUCCUUUACCCAGCGGCUGUGGGAAAUAAAGGUGACACAGAUUCCGUUCAGCCAGCGAGCUCCCAGCGGGUGUAUGCAGUAUUUUACCGGGAGCAGCGGUGUUUUUCAGACUUUUAAUUUUGCCGAAAACGGGCGUCAUUUAGCGAACCACAAUUAUAGGGCGUGUUUCCGGCAGGAGAAAGGAAUGUGUUCGGUGGCCUAUGAGCCUUGCGAUGACCAAUCGUUCCGGAUUGGGAAUCCGAUUGGUAAUGGAACCAUGAUUGGUGGUUCACCAGGUUCUGCGCCAGGAACUGGUGCUGGUGGAGUUCCUGGUGCUCCAGGUGCUGGCGCAGGAACCCUAGUGCCUGGUGGAGUACCAGUAGCUGGUACGGUGCCAGGAGUUCCGGGUGGAGCAACAGGAACCUUUUCGGAUCCGUCACUAGCAGCUGACCCCUUAGCUCCGGCAGCAGAUGUUCCUGCAGCAGAUGUUGUUCCGCCACCAGCAGAUGCAGAAGCAGACGAUGGCCCGGGCAUUUUCGACUCGCCAGCAGAUGAGCCAGCAGCUGACGAACCAGCAGCUGAUGAACCUGCUGCUGAUGAGCCGGCUGCUGAUGAUCCAGAGGCGGAAGAAGGAUCCGGCGGAGGAGAUGGAGGUGGCUUUUUCAGCAGCUUCUUUCCGUCGUUCUUUUCAAGAUCCUUCCAUGGAUACUCCCAUCGACAGGCUCGAUAUUCGAGACAACUCUUCACAUCCUCCUGUACAGAUCGAAUAACGCUUCCCUGCAUAGUGGAAGACUUCAUUGGAGUGGGAAUGGGCGACCUUCCGCGAUGUCUGCCGGUGCACUGUGGCAAUUCUCUCUGUCCGGCUGGAGUUUCGCCUUGUCGAAUUGAGACCACGGUUACGCCAUUCGCCCUGGGCAUUCAUUUUGGUGAGGGUUUGGACAAGGGAAGUCCCGAAGACAAUAUUGGAGCCUGUUUGAGGUACAGUCAAAUUCCUUGCGCAGGAUGAUUGGAAAUAGCAUUUACUAUUUGUACAGAAGUUAGGUAAUAAUUAAUGAAUGCGAGUUUAUUUAUAUGUUAUGCGUGAUUUGAGUGAAUAAAUGGAUCUAUUUUCUUUAAAUGUAAAGUCAUCAAACUCUAAAUCUUUCCGAUUUUUGUGCUACAACCUAUAAGUAUUGUAAAAAUAUAUAAUUUUUAAGUUUUAAAUUUUAAUCAUUAACAGUACUACUUAUUCACCUGAGGCAGAUUGAAAACGAGGGUUAAUUGUCAUAGUAUCUCUGCACGGCUCAUUAUUAAAAAUAACGCACAUUGUCUGGCGUUUGGCUGGGAAUUUACCAAAAUUGUCACAUGGAGGGAAAGGGAAUUGGAAACAAAAUUGUUUUUUGCUUUCCUACUGCCUGCUUACAUACACAGCGCACAGCUUAGUUAGUCGGAGGUUGUUCGCGGUGAUUUGAAACAAGGAAAUGGCAUUUAUUCUGCACCGCGAGUGAGGUGACGAUAGUCGAGUCACUCGAUAACAGGAGUCGCUCCAGGUGAGGAACGUCACUUCGGAUGAACUUUAGGAAUGACAUGGCGUUCACAUCAUAUGCAAAUGGGGUUGAAAUAUUGAGAGCUCAUGAUUGGAGUAAAGGCUGAAUUUUGAGUGUAGAUUCG